GAGGAGGAGAGAGAGACAGAGAGGGAGAGGGAAGGACUUGGACACGGUUCAAGAAGUCCAGUGCUACGCGGCUAACUGUCAGACUCCAGCAGAAGACAUGGGCAAAGCCAAGGAUGAUAACAUGGAGAAGUACCAAUCUGAUAAAAAAACACGCUCACCAAAAAUAUGUGGGACCAACUACCCACUUAGCAUUGCCUUCAUCGUAGUCAAUGAGUUCUGCGAGAGAUUCUCCUACUAUGGAAUGAAAGCGGUGCUCACACUUUACUUCAUCCACUACCUGCACUGGAACAAAAACCUCUCCACAGCCGUGUACCAUGCAUUCUCUGGCCUGUGCUACUUUACUCCCAUAAUAGGAGCCAUCAUAGCAGACUCUUGGCUGGGGAAGUUCAAAACCAUCAUCUAUCUGUCCAUCGUGUAUGUUAUUGGUCAUGUGAUAAAGUCUGUUGGGGCCAUUCCAGAUGUGGGAGAUAGCACUGUACACAUAGCUCUGUCCAUGCUUGGCCUGAUAUUGAUCGCAUUUGGGACUGGAGGAAUCAAGCCAUGUGUUGCAGCCUUUGGUGGAGACCAGUUUGAGGAGGAGCAUACAGAGGAGAGGAGAAAGUUCUUCUCUAUCUUCUACAUGUCAAUCAAUGCUGGGAGUGUGCUGUCUACUAUCAUCACACCCAUUCUCAGAGGUGAUGUUCAAUGUUUUGGGGGUGACUGCUACGCUCUGGCGUUUGGGGUCCCUGCUGCUUUAAUGGUCAUAGCUACGGUGGUUUUCAUUGCUGGCAGCGGGCUAUAUAACAAGGCUCCACCUGAGGGAAAUGUCCUGCUGAAUGUGUGCAAGUGCAUUGGGUGUGCCAUAAGCAAUCGGUGGAGGAGGCCCAAGAACAGCCCAAAACGGGAUCACUGGCUGGAUUGGGCAGAGGAGAAGUAUUCGAAACGUCUUAUUCAAGAGAUCAAAAUGGUGCUGAGGGUGCUGGUCCUCUACAUUCCAUUACCCAUGUUUUGGGCUCUCUUUGAUCAGCAGGGGUCUCGCUGGACUCUCCAGGCCACCAGGAUGAACAUGGAUUUUGGUGGAGCAUUUGUAAUAAAGCCUGAUCAAAUGCAGAUGCUGAACGCUUUGCUGAUCCUGGUGUUCAUCCCUAUCUUCGACAUGGGCGUGUACCCUCUCGUUGGCCUCUGUCGGAUCAAGCUCACGCCUCUGAAGAAGAUGGCUGCAGGAAUGAUCCUUGCUGCACUUGCAUUCUGUGCUGCAACUGUAGUGGAAGUCAAUGUUAUUAAAACUGUUGUGGAAACUCCACCAGCCAAAGAAUGCCUGCUGCAAGUUCUUAACUUUGCUGAUGGAGAUGUCUCUGUACAAAUUCCAGGACACAAUAUCUUCCCGGAUCCAAUAAAAUCAUAUGAUGAACCUUCAGGAUACACAAGUCUUCCACUUGAUGACGCCCACCAGAUCAUCACAGUUGAUAUCACUCAUAAUGGAGCAAAUCACCAAUGUCAGCUUAACUUCACUCAGCACAAUGUUUAUAGCCUCAUCCUAGACAAUAGGAUUACAUGCAAACUGGAAGAAGACAACUACACCAAAUCUGAGGCUGGAGAAGCAUUUGUGAGAUUUAUUAAUACCCGCACAGACGGUAUGAACAUAAGUGUAGGCAGCAAACAAUUCCAAGUACCAGGCAGUUAUGGGAUUUCCCUAAGCUUAGGUGUUGAAAGAGGAGAAUACAAGAAUGUUGAGUGCACAUCAUUGGAUACAUUAAUGAAAUAUCAGAUUGAUCUGGGUCUCCUUGACUUUGGCGCCUACUACACAGUCAUACUCGGAGGGGAUCCAAAUAGCCUAACACUGAACAAGAUGGUGGAUGUCCAGCCCAAUAAUAUCCACAUUGCCUGGCAGAUCCCCCAGUAUGUCCUCAUCACUGCAGGAGAGGUCAUGUUUUCCAUCACUGGUCUGGAAUUCUCAUAUUCACAGGCUCCAGCCAGCAUGAAGUCUGUGCUGCAGGCAGGGUGGCUACUGACGGUGGCUUUCGGAAAUGUCAUUGUGCUGAUUGUAGCAGAGGGAGCUGGGAUGGAACAGUGGACAGAGUUCUUGCUCUUUGCUGCUUUGCUGGUUGCGGUCAGCAUCAUCUUUUCCAUCAUGUCCUAUUUCUACACAUACGUGGACCCUGACCAGCUUGACAAGCUCUUCAAAGAGGAAGCAAACGAAGGCAACAUGGAUGACUUGAAGAAGGAGAAAGAGAGUAUGAACAUGAAUGACCUCCCAAAGGGCAUAAAGAUGUAGCAGAACCACACAUUGCUUCCAGCGUUAUCACAGUAUUUCAGUACACUAAAUCAAAGCAAUGCUAAUUGUAUUAGACAGGGAAACACUGUUCACUGGACUUUUCUUGUUAACUCUGUUCUGUCAUUCCAGGGCGUUUAUCUGAUCCUCAGUUGGUCUUUGUUACUCAGGGAUCAUACUGCAGCUCAAGAAACAGAAAAUAAUUUGUGGAAGGGACAUUUUAUCAACAUAUAUAAUAUACUUUAUACAAUAUUAAGUCUAAAUCCUAAAUUUUUAUGGAUGUAUUUAUCUUCAGAUGUUUAUAAACAUAUCGGCAUAACACUGCUGUCAGUUGAGAGUGAUGUUUGUACAUUUUUAAGAUGAUUUUUACAAUGUAAGUAGUAAUAAAAUUAUGUAUGUAUUUUUGUGACCAUUGACAAUGUGAAGGGAGAACUAUACAGAGACUGACUUCAGUUCAAUAUGUCUGACACAAAUUGGUUUCUCUUGCUCAUUCUUGAUUUAUACAGACCCUUAUAAAUAAGAUACAUUAAUGUGAGAAACUGCUUUUUGUUUGCAUUAAAAUGCAUAAAUAAAAUGUAGCAAUUUC